AUGAUAGGGUCGAAUUCAGAAACUAAAGAAAUUGAUUUACUUAUCGGAGCCGACGUUUGCGGUAAACUUUUCACAGGUAUUAAAAAAUCGGUUUCAGAAAAUUUUAUUGCAUUCAAAGCGCGAUUAGGUUGGACACUUAUGGGUAAAACUCGUGAUCCUGAAAACAGUAAUAGUACCAACAAAGUUUUGUCCCCUCAUGUGGCUCAGGCUAAAAUUUCGGAUCUCUGGAAACUAGAUACGUUAGGAAUAUUAGACCGAGGUGAAAAAGAAUCAAGUGAAGAAGUUGCAAAAGCAACCGAAGACCAUUUUAAUCGCAACAUUAAGGUACUUGAAGAUGGGAGAUAUGAAGUGAGCCUUCCAUGGAUCUUAAAUCACCCUACAUUGCCUACUUAUAUAAGUGUUGCUGAAAGAAGAUUGAAGAACUGCGUUGAGUCCUUAAAGAAAUCAGAAAUAUUAGAAGAUUAUGAAGAGGUAUUUAAAGAAUGGCUGCGAGAGGGAAUUAUCAAAGAGGUUAGCCCAGACGAUACAGCCACCAAUGAACAUUUUUUGCCACACCGAGCAGUGAUAAAAGAAAAUUCUACUACCAAGAUCAGACCCGUUUUUGAUGGUUCGACAAAAAUAAAAAAUUUUCCCUCUAUCAAUAAUUGUCUUGAAAAAGGACCUUAUCUUGUGGAGCUCAUUCCUUCAGUUAUCAACAGAUUUAGAUUUAAUAAGAUUGGAGUCAUUGCAGAUAUCCAGAGGCGUAUCUAG